UGUGUCCACUAGGAAGCAGCAUCUGCCCUGUCUGCCAGCGGCAGCGUCCUCCGUGCGCCUGCGCAGUGCAGCCAGGCUGUUCCUGUAUAAGUGAGUUGUCGGGAUCCCCGUGCUGCCCAGUGCUGCGCUGCUCCCUGUGAUCGGUUUUCUGCACCUAAAAGCACCUACAAUCCUUCCAUCAUGAACUUUUUCUUGGAGACAUUGAAAGUUUUGCUUCUUACAAUCUACCUGUCAUUGGAGUCCAUCAUCUUGUGGCUUCUCCCAUCUCGAAGAAAGAAUGUUGCUGGCGAACUGGUGCUUAUUACUGGAGCUGGAAGCGGGAUAGGACGUCUUAUGGCGCUCGAGUUUUCCCGCCUUGGCGCUACUCUGGUGUUGUGGGACAUAAAUGAAGAGGGCAAUAAGGAAACGAGCAGACUGGCCAAGAAAAAUGGUGCUGUCCGGGUGCACACAUACACGUGUGACUGCAGCAAGAGGGAAGAGGUGUACAGGGUUGCAGACCAGGUGAAGAAAGAAGUUGGAGAUAUCACUAUCUUAAUUAACAACGCAGGCAUUGUGACCGGAAAGAAAUUUAUAGACUCCCCUGACGCCCUUGUGGAGAAGACCAUGCAAGUGAACACUAUGGCACAUUUCUGGACUUAUAAAGCCUUCCUUCCGGCAAUGAUGGCCUCCAAUCAUGGGCAUCUCGUGAGCAUUGCAAGUUCUGCUGGACUUAUUGGAGUCAAUGGAUUAGCAGAUUAUUGUGCUAGCAAGUUUGCAGCCAUUGGUUUUGCAGAAUCUGUUGGGCUUGAAAUGUUGGCUCUGGGAAAGACUGGUGUGAAGACUACAAUUGUCUGCCCAUAUUUUAUUAAUACUGGAAUGUUUGAUGGAUGCGCAUCCAAAUGGCCUAGGGUACUGCCAAUUUUAGAGCCAGAUUAUGCCUGCAAGAAGAUCAUUGAUGCCAUCCUAAAGGAACAAGUGUACUUGGUGAUGCCUCGCAGCCUCUAUGUCGUAUUUGCCUUUAAAAAUAUGAUCUCUGCAAAAUUAGGUGUUGUACUUGGGGACUACUUGGGAGCCUUUCAUUUUAUGGACCACUUCAAGGGUCGUAUCAAGAAGGACUAGACUCGGCCUACACAGCUACCGACAUUAAGAUGACCUGUGAAUGUAAUACUAAUACAUAAUAUCUCAUAGACCAGUGGUUCAAACCAAAAGUCUCUAAAUUAAAAUUUUAUGUAAUAAAAUUUAAUUACAUUUUUAUAUAUUUUAUCAAAUCUUUCUUUUGCAUUGAGGGAUAUACCUGUCUACAUUGGAAAGUCUGGAGAAACUCCAGUAACACAAAAAGAUCCCAACACUAACGAUUCUUAUAAUAAAAUGACUUGUGCAUGUAACACUUUAUAGUUACAAGUAAAGGUGAUUUGCUAGUUUGU